CCCGCCGACAUCCGCGUCCUGUCGGCCCAGGGCUGCAAGGUGGACAACUCGUCGCUGACGGGGGAGUCGGAGCCGCAGACGCGCUCGCCCGAGUGCACCCACGAGUCGCCCCUGGAGACCCGGAACAUCGCCUUCUUCUCCACCAUGUGCCUGGAGGGUACGGCCACGGGGCUGGUGAUCUCCACGGGUGACCGGACCAUCAUCGGCCGCAUCGCCAGCCUGGCCUCGGGCGUGGAGAACGAGAAGACCCCGAUCGCCAUCGAGAUCGAGCACUUCGUGGACAUCAUCGCCGGCCUCGCCAUCUUCUUCGGGGCCACCUUCUUCGUGGUGGCCAUGGUCAUCGGGUACCCCUUCCUGCGCGCCCUGGUCUUCUUCAUGGCCAUCGUGGUGGCCUACGUGCCCGAGGGGCUGCUGGCCACCGUCACGGUGUGCCUGUCGCUGACGGCGAAGCGCCUGGCGCGCAAGAACUGCGUGGUGAAGAACCUGGAGGCCGUGGAGACCCUGGGCUCCACCUCGGUGAUCUGCUCCGACAAGACCGGGACCCUCACCCAGAACCGCAUGACCGUCGCCCACCUCUGGUUCGACAACCAGAUCCACGAGGCCGACACCACCGAGGACCAGUCGGGUCAGAGCUUCGACCAGUCCUCGGAGACGUGGACGAUGCUGAGCCGGGUCAUCGCCCUCUGCAACCGCGCCCAGUUCAAACCGGGCCAGGACAACGUGCCCGUGGCCAAGCGUGACGUCAUCGGUGACGCGUCGGAGACGGCGCUGCUCAAGUUCGCGGAGGUGACGGUGGGGCCCGUGGCGGCCGCCAGGGGGCGCCACCCCAAGGUGGCGGAGCUUCCCUUUAACUCCAGCAACAAGUUCCAGGUGUCGGUGCACGAGGCGGGGGAGCAGCAGCUGCUGGUGCUCAAAGGGGCCCCCGAGCGGGUCCUGGAGCGGUGCCGGGGGGUCCUGCUGGGGGGGCAGGAGCUGCCCCUCGACCCCCAGUGGAGGGAGAACUUCGAGGGGGCCUACGCGGAGCUGGGGGGGCGCGGGGAGAGGGUCCUGGGGUUCUGUGCCCGCUGGCUGCCCCCCGGGACGGUGCCCCCCGGGACGGACCCCGAGGCGCUGCCCGAGCUGGCCCAGGGGCUCUGCUUCGCGGGGCUCGUGUCCCUCAUCGACCCCCCCCGCGCCACCGUCCCCCAGGCCGUGAGGAAGUGCCGGACCGCCGGGAUCAGGGUGAUCAUGGUGACAGGUGACCACCCCAUCACGGCCAAGGCCAUCGCGGCGUCCGUGGGGAUCAUCUCCGAGGGCAGCGAGACCCCCGAGGAGGUGGCGGCGCGGCUGCGGCUGCCCCUGGAGCAGGUGGACCCCAGGUGGGGGGUCCCGGGUGUUAAGGGGGGACACACGG